AUGUCCACCGUCUCGGAACCCGAGAAAUCGCAUACGCCGACGGGCCCUGCUGAAGGUCUGAGAGAGUGGUCGUCGCUCAUUGGCAUCGUCACUGCCAUCAUCGGCAACGUCCUCAUCGCCCUGGCACUCAAUGUCCAGAGAUAUGCUCACACGCGGCUGCACAAGGAGCGUCUGCGAGUGCGCCAAGGAGCACGGGCGGUGAUAAAGGACACGCAGAGAAGCAGCAGCAGCAACGACACGUCUUACGGAACCAUACCUGCGCGAUGCGACGGACCUGGCGUAGAAAACGACCCGGCAGACGCUCUCGACUCUGUCGCUCCCGUGAAUAAUGCACGGGGUAGACGCUCAAGCACUGGGUCGGAGGGCUCGCCUGAGCAAGAGGGCAAAGCAACGUCUACAUACCUGAAAUCGCCAUACUGGUGGCUGGGCCAGAUCCUGAUAACGCUGGGCGAAAUGGGCAACUUUUUGGCGUACGGGUUUGCCCCUGCGUCGAUUGUAUCGCCACUGGGUGUCGUGGCGCUGAUAUCGAACUGCAUCAUCGCCCCGGUCAUGUUUCACGAACGCUUCCGAGCCCGAGAUUUCUGGGGUGUCGUCAUUGCCGUCGCCGGAGUCGUUACUGUCGUCUUCAGCGCAAAUCAGGAAGAGACCAAGUUGGAACCCCACGAUGUCUGGCACGCCAUUGCGACCAUGGAGUUUGAGAUUUACCUGGGUGUCACGGUGUCUUUGAUCCUCAUCUUGAUGUGGGCAAGCGGCAGAUACGGCAGACGCAUCAUACUCAUAGACCUGGGGCUUGUGGGACUUUUUGGGGGUUAUACCGCACUCGCGACCAAGGGCGUCUCUUCCAUGUUAUCCUCCACCCUAUGGAUGGCGUUUGCGACUCCGGUAACGUAUGUGCUCCUCGUUAUUCUUCUCGGUACGGCCAUCAUGCAGGUUCGCUACGUCAACCGGGCUCUUCAAUGGUUUGACUCGACCCAAGUCAUUCCUGUGCAGUUUGUCCUCUUCACGCUCUGCGUUAUCCUUGGGAGCGCCAUACUGUAUCGGGACUUUGAAAAGACCACGCCCAACCAGGCAGCAUGUUUUGUGGGCGGAUGCCUGCUCACGUUCUUUGGCGUUUUCCUCAUCACUAGCGGCCGUCGGCAAAAGGAGCAAGAUGGCCAAGAUGCACUGUCAGAGAUCCACGGAAUUGAGGAGACUAUCGGCUUGGCCAGCAACGGAGAAGGACUCGGUGCCCCGGCAUUACGGUGCCAUGAAACCCCAAUGCCCAAAUCUCGUCGAUCUAGCAUAUUGUCGAGGGUCAGUUUUGCUGACACGGCCGGAGACGAACUCGGAGACAAGCUCGAUGCUGCUGCUGCUACUACUACUGCCUUGCCGCAACAAGCUGGGUCGGCCGGUGCUCCUCCACCCCUGAUUGCAAUAGGAUCAGAUGGCCUGGUGCCUGAGAAUCCUUGGCGAGAGUCAUGGUCUAGCAAUGCCUCUCCUCGUAGUGACUGUGGAGCAGUCUCGGCUGACUCGGUGGCAACGAGCUCCGCCUUAAUUCCAAACCCAGGCAAUUGGACAGUCACUCCAUCUACGGGCGAUGCGGCUACUCCUCCUUGGUACCCAACAGACCAGGCUGUCACGGCCCGGCAUAGCUUAGGAUCUGCCUACCGUGCCGGCAGCCAUCACGGUCCCGAAACCUUCAUCUCGCCGUCACCACUUUCCUCGACGGUCACGACAGUGGUGAAGGACGCGUUUCUGCGAGAGAAUGCCAGUUUGGCAGCACGGCAGUCCUCGCCGCGACGAAUAAGGUCCAGCAUCCGAGCCAGCCUCUUCUUCAAGGACGGGGACGCAGAACCGUCGCGGCCGUCGGAACCUCGUUUCGCCACAUGCCAAAGGGGCGCUGAAGACGGAAGCGCCGAUGCAGACGCCGCAACGCGAAGACGGGCCCGAAGCCUCAGCGAUGCCAUAGGGGACUUCUUCCGCUCGAGGCGGAAAUAA